UUUUUUCCACUCCCUGCUGCUCUCGGAGAUUUUUUUUUGCCGAUCGCCUCUUCUCGAAGGUCUUCGUCUGACAGCUCCAUCGUAUUCUCCUCCAAUAAGCUCUCUCUCGCGUCUCAGAUUCGAUUACAGAUGAGAAUGGCUAGAAAGAAGACUGAGAGUUCAACUGAAUCCUCAAAGGAGAUCAAAGCCAGAGGAAAAUUCACCAGAGCCAAUAAGUGUAUGAAAACAACUACUAAGAAAAUCAACGAGUCUGGAAAGCAUAAUAGUAAAAGAGAGAAGAGGAAGUCCCCUUCUGAUUCUCCAUCCUCCCAAGUUCAAAGGUUAAUGAAUACCAAAGACGGAGCUCAACAGGUACCUGUUCUUGCUCUCCAUUCGGACAAAGAAGUUAGACUUUGUGGAAAAAUGAAGUUGCAGCUCUUUCCCUUGGAUGUUCAUACACGUCAAGGAUUAGAAAAGGAUGGCUUUCACCCAUAUUUGGAACUCACUCUUAGCUCACGGAAGAAGGUUUCUUCAGUGCUUCAACACAUUCACAGUAAGUGGGGCAGCUCAGAGAUAGCUCGGGGAGAUCCCACCUUGUACCCAUUUGAUCAAUCGAGACUCCCUUCUGCUCCUAAAUGGACAGCAAACAGCAGCAUUACGAUAAGGGAUGUCUAUGUGGCCAUUGGAGCUCCAUCCCUAUUCCGCUUAAGGUAUGGAUGGUCCUCUGAGACUUGUAAUAAAACAGAUGAACCGCCAUCUCCAUCAACUCCGGGUAUCACUUGUUUUCCAAAUGUAGAACCUCAGAACAUCUUCAAUAACAGAAGAGAGAAUGGAAAGCAGAUGUUUGGUUUAGAUAGCCUAACUCAAGUGACUGACCCGCCUCUCUCUGAACACACUCCACCUGAUGGACCAGUCGAGUCAGCAGCGGAGAAGAAGAUGAAUGAUGGAUCUGGACCAACAUUUUUUCAAUGGGAUGAUGGUUUAACAAGCUUAAGUAUUGGCGGCUUACUUUCCGAAGUAUCUUUGAAGGGGAACUUCGGAAACGGUUCUAAAAAUUCAAACGCGAACCCAACUCUCUGGGACGAAAAUCUUACAAACAUAAGCAUUGGAGGUCUGUUUUCCGAGGCAUCUUUACAAGGCAGACGCGGUAAAGAAGAAUCAACUCAUAAUCAUAACGGUAAUCAGCAGCCAAGUGUUAGCAUUGGAGCCUUUCUUUCCGAAGCAUCAUCACGAGGAGAGGGGAGUAACAAAACAUGGGAGACCAGGGGAGCUACCUCACAACAACCAUUACCUCUAAUCUCUGAUUCAUUAGAUGCAUUCCUUGUGAACCAAACAACAGAUCAGCCUCGAGGUCCAUGUCAUGCACCCCCUCCCCCCGAGGUGUCACAUUCGUCUAUACUCGACGCAGAAGACACAUGCCAUGCAUUUUCAUUCCGAAAGCGCACUACAACCUCACCCAAGGUUCUUGAGCAGGUAAAUGAAGAAACUGAGGAGGAGCAACAGAAAGAUGAAUCGAAACCUGCAAAAGGGUUGUUUGGUUCAGGGGUGUUUAAUCAGGACAGCAGCCUUGGAUUUUCAGGAAUCAAGUGGGCUGACUCACGAGGUCCAUUUGAUUUUGGCUUAUCUUUGUCGUCCCGAAAGUUUACAAAUGGGGACAGCGUAAGCUUUGGUGCUGCGGUAAAAGAUCUACGGGAAGUGGAAUCUUCAGAAGAAAAAAUAAAGCUUCAAAAGCAUUGAAGCUCAUUACAUUGAAUCCACAGGAAUCUUUCAUAAGAACGCGAGGAGGGAGGGGGAUGUUACAUUCCUAUUCGUUCCUUUCAUGUAAAUUUGACAUAUAUGGCACAGACACAAUUCCUUUUUUUAUAGAACAAAAUGGAAAAUAACAAAAUAUGGUAUAAAUUUGUU